UGAUGAGGUUUCUUUAGGGCAAGUCAUAGCUCUAAGAGAAGAUGUGUGUGUACUUUAGAGCAGAUAAUUGUGAUAAUAAUUAACACUUUAGACUUUCUUACUAUAAAAUAUUCCUAGUCCAGUCCACACUGGACUGCAUUUUGCUGCUGAACUGGCAGUCAAGUGAUUCCUUAAUGCCAUUAGGACUAAUAACACCAUCAUCUCUGGAGAAAUUGUUUUCGGAACAAGCUGGGGAAUUCAGGCUACCCAUCUCCACACCAGCCUCCUUAUCCCAUGCCCCAGCUAGGCGGACACUCCAUGCCCCCCUAUCCCAUGGGAGGUUAUGGAGAACCUGGACAGGGGACCCCACCAGCAGGGUUCCAAGCAGGAUACCAGCCAGUUCCAGAUCAGCCAAUCAUGUAUCAGCCUGGUCCAGUUAGUCCAGCAUCUCACCAGGGCCAACCAUAUGGAGCACCUGUACCUGCACCAGUUUCAGUUCCUGCUGGAGUACCACCUGGUCUGGAGUACCUCACUCAGAUUGAUCAGAUCCUUAUUCAUCAGAAAGUGGAGUUGUUAGAGGCAAUCAUUGGCUUUGAGACCAACAACCAGUAUGAGAUCAAGAACAGCCUCGGUCAAAAGAUCUACUCUGCCAAAGAAAAAAAUGACUGCUGCACACGCAACUGCUGUGGUGCCCUGCGCAGCUUUGACAUGAAGAUCAAAGACAACACCGAUCGAGAGGUCAUACGACUCAUCCGACCUUACCGUUGUGUCUCCUGUUGGUGCCCCUGCUGCCUGCAAGAGAUGGAGGUACAGGCGCCCCCAGGAACGACUGUAGGGUACGUGAAGCAGGACUGGGAUCCCUGUUAUCCAAAAUUCUCCAUCCAGGGGCCAAACAAGGAGACUGUGAUGAAGCUUGAGGGGCCCUGCUUGGCAUGUAACUGCUGUGGUGAUGUGAACUUUGAGCUCAAAGGCAAAGACGGUACCGGGAAGCCUAUCGGUCGAAUCAGUAAGCAGUGGAGUGGCCUGUUGAAGGAAGUCUUUACUGACACUGACAACUUUGGCAUCCAGUUCCCUAUGGACAUGGAUGUUAAGAUGAAGGCUGUACUUAUGGGCGUUUGCUUCCUUAUUGAUUUCGUGUUCUUUGAAAAAGUGGGAGAGACAAACCAGCGCAAUACUGUAUUCUCUUAGAGCUCUUGGUAACCAAAGCUAUAGACAGCUGGCACUGCAGUGAAACCAAGGGACACGUUCAAGGUCAUUUUGUAGGGUUCAGGUGGCCAGCAAUAUUGACAAUGACAGGCGAGGUAUCAUGAGUAACUGUUCACUGGUGCCUUUUAAACAAUCAGAGCCUAUAAUUAUAAAUUACUGUUACAAUAGUAUAUCAACUAACAUAUAUCUUUUUGUUACUUUAAAUUUUUCUUUUUUAUUUGAAAUAAAAUGUAACAUGCAUCCCUACGCAUGUAUUUCCAGACUUAUUUCAUGCAUAAAUAUAUUUUCAGUCUUUCUGAAGAAAAUUCAGUUUUAUUGUGCUAAAUGCAAAGCCUUUUCGUUAAAACAUACGGAUGUUCCUACAGCCAAGUAAUGCAUGAUGAUGGGGGUUACAUGCAAGUUAAUGACUCUGGCAACAGCUGAAAAAAGGAAAAAACAAACAAGUAGUUGCAUGGUUUUCUGUGUAUAGACCAGUGACUUACUGUGGGUAGAAUGUCAGUUGUUACUAAUAGCUUUUUUUGGUGUGUGUCUGAAGAAUGAGUGCACUACAGGGGUGCGCUUGUCAGUUUAUAAAAGCCAGCCUCUCAAUGAGUCCAUCUUAAUUCUUAGGGUGGUGUUAAAUAUGAAUUAUUUGCCAAUUAAACCCGUGAGUAGCAUGAAACACACACAUGGAAUUUCAGGAAACAUAGUCCUGUGAAUAGACUUUAAUAUUAAUAUUCCUGUCCUCAUAAAAAAAAUGUCAUUAUUUACAACAUGAAAACAUUUUAUUUGGUUAGUUAUAUAGAGACUGGCCUUGUAUCAAUAAGAACGUAUACUGAAUGUAUAACAUUAUUAAAAUAUACAGACCGAGGGGUGUUGAAACUUUUUUUGUUACAUGUCUGUGUUUUGGUCACUAUGUAUUUCAAACGUUGAUAUAAAUUUCCUGCAUUUAUACACUGGAAAAGAUAUAGUUAUCAAGUUAAAAUAAAUAUAUAGAUAGGGAACAACUUUAUAUCACUAACAGGGUGAAUUGUAACAAUAAUAGAACACAUGGACAUCAAUUAAAAUUUUGUACACAUUCAUUUUGUUAAUCAAAUUUAACAUCCCAGUAGCUAAUUACUCAUUUUUUUUCAACUUGUAAUGUUACAGUGCUCUCUGGAUCACCAUGUAAUCAAUAAAA